AUGCGAUCCUCAACAGACGGCAAUGCCGACGAGGCCUUGGCCGCCUUGGGCUACAAAAGUGAACUACCUCGAAAUCUAAGUAUGAUGAGUAUCCUCGGCCUGUCAUUCGCCAUCAUGGCCGCCCCGUUCGGCCUCAGCACAACCCUGUACAUCACUCUGGCAGAUGGUCUCUCGGUCACUAUAAUCUGGGGUUGGGUCUUCGUCAGUCUGAUCUCAAUCGCCAUUGCAGCCUCACUGGCUGAGAUCUGCGCUGUUUAUCCAACGGCCGGAGGCGUCUACUACUGGAGCGCAAUGCUGUCCACCCGUGAAUGGGCCCCAUUGAUGUCCUUCAUCGACGGUUGGCUGACCCUAGUCGGAAACUGGACCGUGACUCUCAGUAUCAUCUUCUCCGGGGGUCAGUUGGUUCUUAGCGCCAUCUCCAUCUUCGAUGAGUCCUUCGUUGCGAACGCCUGGCAGACCGUCCUGAUGUUCUGGGCCGUCAUGCUCGUCUGUGCCCUCGUCAACAUCUUCUUAUCCCGCUACCUCGAUCUCAUCAACAAGGUAUGCAUAUUUUGGACCGCCGGCAGCGUCAUCAUCAUCUUGGUCACUCUGCUUACGAUGGCGGACGACCGCCGAGACGCCGAGUUCGUCUUCGGCCAUUUUGACUCCUCCACCAGUGGCUGGCCCUCUGGCUGGGCUUUCUUCGUCGGGUUGCUGCAGGCAGCAUACACCCUCACCGGCUAUGGCAUGGUCGCAUCCAUGUGUGAAGAAGUCCAAAACCCCCACCGCGAAGUCCCGAAGGCAAUUGUGCUGUCUGUCGUCGCAGCCGGAAUCACAGGUCUUUUCUACCUGAUUCCCAUCCUCUUCGUGCUGCCAGAUGUGAAGCUUCUGCGUGAAGUUGCAAGUGGCCAACCAAUUGGCCUAGUUUUCAAGACCGUGACCGGGUCCGCAGGCGGCGGUUUUGGUCUUCUCUUCCUUAUUCUGGGUAUAAUGCUGUUCGCCGGAAUUGGAUCCCUUACGGCCGCGAGUCGCUGCACUUAUGCAUUCGCUCGCGACGGUGCAAUCCCGGGGUUCAAGCUCUGGCGCAGGGUGAAUAAGAAGCUGGAUGUACCGGUGUGGGCGAUUGUCCUGUCCGCUGUCGUUGACGGCCUCUUAGGUCUGAUCUAUUUCGGAUCUACGGCUGCUUUCAACUCCUUCACCGGUGUAGCCACGAUCUGUCUGUCGACCUCAUACGGUCUCCCGAUUUUAAUAUCUUUAGUACGGGGCCGGAAAGAUGUCAAGUCUUCUGGAUUCUCCCUCGGGCGAUUCGGAUUUGCUAUCAACUGCAUCACCAUUGCGUGGAUCGUGCUAGCGGUCGCGCUCUUCUGUAUGCCCGUCACAAUACCCGUGACACCUGAGUCGAUGAACUAUGCCAGUGUUGUGUUCGCUGCCUUUGCCAGUAUCAGUAUCAUCUGGUACUUUGCUUACGCGCGGAAACACUUUACUGGACCGCCGAUUAGUGGUGAAGAAGCGCGCGCUGCGACGGAGCUCAUGACUGGGACGUCGGUGGAUGCUGAGAAUUCACUCGAAGUUGUAAAGAAACUUUCCAGUGGUUAA